UUCUUCCUCACAACAAGUGAUCGUCUCCAUGGAUUUGAGUAGCCAAUUGCAGACGGAUCAGCAGCUUCAACGUUCUGAUGUGACCCAACAAAGGCGAUCUGCAAAUUAUAAGCCCAACAUUUGGAAAUAUGAUCUCUUACAAUCCCUUCGAAGCCGAUAUGAUGGGGUGGAGUACAAGUUAAGGGCUGAGAAGUUAAGAGAGGAAGUGAAGGCAAUGUUUGUGGAAACUCACGAAGAGUUAGCCAAGUUGGAGCUGAUUGACAUUAUCACAAAACUAGGUCUCGGGGACCUGUUUCCACAUGAAACUCAGAGAGCUUUAGAAGCUGUACUAUCUUCCAACAAGAAGACCAAAAAUGGUGAAGAAGAUCUCUAUAUAAUUGCGUUACGCUUCAAGCUCCUCAGGCUGCAUGGCUACGAUGUUUCACAAGAUGUGUUCAAGGGUGCAUUUUCAAUAACUAAAUGCACUGAGAUCAAGGGAUUGCUUGAGCUUUACGAAGCUUCGUUUCUAGCUUUCGAAGAUGAAAACGUAUUGGAUGAAGCUAAAACUUUCUCAAGGGAAGCUCUUAUGAACAUUUAUUCAACACUGGAUACAAACACAGCCGAGGAAGUUGCUCAUGCUUUGGAGCUUUCGACACACUGGAGAGUACAGUGGUUUGACGUCAAAUGGCGUAUUGCUGUGUACGAGAACAACGAAAACGUAGACAAACGGUUACUUGAAUUGGCUAAACUUAACUUCAACAGCGUCCAAGCCACGCUUCAGAAGGACCUAAGGGAAAUUUCCAGAUGGUGGAGGAACCUUGGGAUAAUGGAACAUCUGAACUUCACAAGGGAUCGAUUAGCAGAAAGUUUCUUCUGUGCAGUUGGACUUGCUUAUGAACCUCAAUAUAGUUGUUUCAGAAAAUGCCUCACUAAGAUCACCACCAUGAUAUUGAUAAUAGAUGAUGUUUAUGAUGUUUAUGGUUCCUUACAAGAGCUAGAACAAUUCACAGAAGCUGUUGAUAGGUGGGAUUCAAGCAAAAUUCAGAAGCUGCCGGAGUGUAUGAAGAUAUGCUUCCAAGCUCUACACGAUAUCACCAAUGAAAUUGCUUAUGACAUUCAAGAGCUGAACGGUUGGAAUGUUCAAGCAAUACUUCAUCUGAGGAAAGCGUGGACAGGAUUCUGUAAAGCAUUAUUUGUGGAAGCAAAGUGGUAUAAUGAAGGAUACAGUCCUUCCCUCGAAGAGUACCUGAGCAAUGCAUUGGUUUCAUCAGGAGGCACUGUGAUUUCUGUCCACUCAAUGCUUUCCUUGGGGACUGAUGAAAUGAUUGAUUUGUUGGGAAAAAGUGAAGAUCUUGUCUACAAUAUUUCCAUCAUAACACGACUUUGCAACGACUUGGGAACUUCAACGACGGAGAAAGAGAGAGGGGAUGCUCCAUCGUCUAUCCUUUGCUACAUGAGAGAAAUGAACGUCUCAGAGAAAGAAGCUGAGGGACAUAUUAAGAAGAUGAUAAGCAAGACGUGGAUGAAAAUAAACCGGCAAUGUUUGAGGAGUCGAUCACCUGAUUUGCUGGUGCCGAGUUCGUUUGUGAAGGUGACGGUUAACGUUGCGCGCAUGGUGCAUUGCCUCUAUCAAUUUGGCGAUGGAUUCGGCGUUCAAGACCAACAGACUCGAAGCCAUAUCCUCUCUGUUCUGAUCGAGCCUUUCCAUCUUGAUUGCCCUUAAUCAUAACGAAGAGAAGAAGAAAAAGGGACAAAAAUGAACUUUGCUAUG